AUGAAGGGUCAAAUUCCUAAAGAUAUUGGUAACUUCUUAAGAGCAUUGACAGUCCUAAUUAUGGAUGACAAUCAAAUCACUGGAACCAUUCCGGCUUCAAUAGGAAAACUAAAACAACUUCAAGGUUUACAUCUUAGUAACAAUAGCUUACAAGGUAACAUCCCAACAGUACUUUGUCAACUAGAGAAUUUGGUUGAGUUAUUUUUGAGUAAUAACAAGCUCUCUGGAACACUGCCGACCUGCUUUGAUAAUAUUUCAGCCUUAAGAACUCUGUCAUUGGGCUCCAACAACUUCAAUUCUACGAUGCCAUCUUCUUUAUGGAGCCUUUCUUAUAUCUUGCAUCUAAACCUAUCAUCAAAUUCUCUAAGUGGAUCUCUGCCAAUAGAGAUUGGAAAUCUUAGAGCCGUGUUGGAUAUAGAUAUCUCCAAGAAUCAACUCUUUGGCAAAAUCCCAAGUAGCAUGGGAGGCCUUGCAAAUUUGAUUAAUCUCUCAUUAUCUCAUAAUGAGCUCGAAGGCUCUAUUCCAGACUCAUUUGGCAGCUUGGAGAAAUUCCAAGUGGAGGUCCGUUCUCGAAUUUCUCAGCUCAGUCAUUCAUAUCAAAUCAUGGACUUUGUGCAGCUUCUUCUAAACUCCAAGUCCCACCUUGCACAACAAAUACAUCUCAUGGCUCGGAAGAAAACAAAUAUGCUGGUAUUUAUCCUUCUGCCUGUCCUGUUAGCCAUAUUUUCACUAAUACUUUUACUACUUGUUCUGACCUCACGAGCGAGGAAGAAAGAACAAGUACUGGAGGAUACCCCAUUACCUCAUCAACCCACGUGGAGAAGAACCACAUACCAAGAACUUUCACGAGCAACAGAAGGAUUCAGUGAAGGCAACUUGAUAGGUCGAGGGAACUUUGGAUCAGUCUACAAGGCGACACUAUCAAAUGGAACAAUUGCUGCUGUUAAGGUAUUCAAUUUGCUAAUUGAAACUGCAUACAAGAGUUUUGAAGUAGAGUGCGAGAUUUUGUGCAACAUACGCCAUAGAAAUCUUGUCAAAAUCAUUACAAGCUGCAGCAGCAUGGAUUUCAAAGCGUUGGUACUAGAAUAUAUGCCAAAUGGAAGUCUUGAGUUGUGGUUGUAUCAUCGUGAUUACUGCUUGAAUAUGCUUCAGAGAUUGAAUGUAAUGAUUGAUGUUGCUUUAGCCCUUGAUUAUCUUCACAAUGGUUACGGAGAACCUAUAGUUCAUUGUGAUCUAAAGCCCAAUAAUAUACUGUUAGAUGGAGAUAUGGUUGCACACUUGACAGAUUUUGGGAUUUCAAAUCUAUUGAGUGGAGGAGAUUACAUAACCCAAACCAUGACCAUGGCGACUGUGGGAUAUAUGGCUCCAGAGUUGGGAUUGGAUGGAAUUGUUUCUACAAGAGGUGAUGUUUAUAGCUAUGGGAUUCUGUUGAUGGAGACAUUCACAAGAAAGAAGCCCACAGAUGAAAUGUUUUCUGCAAGAGAAAUGGGCUUAAGAGAAUGGGUAGCUAAAUCAUAUCCUCACUAACUAAACGAUGUCAUAGAUCCGAAGUUGCUAAAGGAUGACAAAAAAUUUAACUAUAGGAGUGAAUGUCUGUCAUCCAUCAUGCUACUGGCCUUGACUUGCACAGCAGAAUCGCCAGAAAAGAGGGCAAGUACCAAAGAAGUUCUUGACUCACUCAACAAGAUCAAGACAAACUUUUUGACCUUGCAGGGGGUUGAGGUUGCAAUGUACAUUGAUUAGAAAUCGAGGUAAGCCUUAGAUAUAUAAGUAUGGGCAACGAUCUUAUUGGUCCGAGAUCUUUUAGAUAGAGCCAAAAACAAACUAUACAAAUUUAGAUCUAGGAUAGACAUUGUCA